CCGCCGAGACACAAGCAGAGGGUGAAGAAGAAGUAAGUAACAGGACGCUACGCCGUCUGAUCUGAGAACCUGCUGAUUGCUGAACAUGAAUAAACCUGUUUAGUCUUUUCCACAGGCUAAGUAAGAGACUGUCUCUCUGUCCUACAUAUCUUCUGAGAUCACGGACAGCUGGACUUGAAUUGGGUUCAUCAGGCUCGUUGAAGUUUCUCCCUUCAUCCACUCAUCAUGGUGGACUACUACCAGGUUUUAGGAGUACGGAGGGAUGCGUCUGCAGAUGACAUAAAGAAAGCGUACAGAAAGCUGGCCCUGAGGUGGCACCCUGACAAAAACCCAGAAAACAAGGAGGAGGCUGAGAAGAAGUUCAAGGAGCUGUCAGAGGCUUAUGAAGUCCUGUCAGAUGCCAACAAGAGGAGCAUAUAUGAUCGCUAUGGCAAAGAGGGACUGACCGGGAGUAAUGGAGGAAGAGGGGGACAUUUCCACAAUGGAGAUCAUUUCCACGAACAGUUCACAUUCCGCAACCCAGAAGAUGUUUUCAGGGAAUUCUUUGGUGGCAGAGACCCAUUUGCAGACUUUUUUGGUGCAGAUCCUUUUAGUGACGAUCCCUUUUUCGGCAGCAGCCGGCAGCACCAAAGUCGGGCGAGUCGCAGCCGGACAGGUGGCUCAUUUUUUGGCGGCUUUGUUGGGUUUCCUCCCUUUGGUGCUGGCUUCUCACCUUUUGACCCAGGCUUCGGUUCUUUUGGCUCCAUGAGCACCAUGGGUCAUAUGGGUCACAUGGGUCACAUGACAACAAUGGGCAGUCUGGGAGGCGGAGGUUUCACCUCUUUCUCUUCCACCUCAUUUGGGGGAGGAGGUGGAGGAGGCAUGGGCAACUUUCGGUCUGUGUCCACCUCCACCAAGAUCAUCAACGGCAGGAAGAUCACUACUAAAAGAAUUGUAGAGAAUGGUCAGGAGCGGGUGGAGGUGGAGGAGGAUGGGCAGCUGCGGUCAUUAACCAUUAAUGGUAAGGAGCAGCUACUGCGACUUGAACACAAGUAAAGACGGAAACAUCCUCUGCUGGAGAAGUGUUACCUCAGCACAAACAUACCAACAAACUUGAGCUUGAAACAGGAGGAAAAAAGCAACAAAACAAUGUAAUAAUAGUGCUCUACUAUUGUUUGGAUGUACAUAUUUAGGUUGUGUUUAUUUCCCCUCAUGUCCUCUCCCUGCUGACUCUUAUUUGUUAACCAACGAUUCAGAUCAGAGGAUUUGGAUGCAGACUUUUCUAUGCAUUUUGUUAAUGUAUUUCUGAAUUGGAGCUGUCAUUAUAUUUUGGCUCAGGGUGGUGUUAUUGUUUCAGUGUUUGGGACCACAGUAUUGUUCUGAUGUGUAUGACCAGACCCCAUCUUUUCCCCCCUCUUCCAGUACUUUUCUGUAUGCACACAACUGUAUGUCUGUUCAGAAAACAAAACACAACGUCGCUUUUUCAUCUGAACAGUAAAAAAAUGUUGAACUUGAUUUUACAAAGUGGAUAGGACUAAUUGAAGCAUCUUCCCCAUCUCUGUUUACCGCUUGUCUAACCUCCUCUUAGUAAUAAUUCUUUUUUAUUAAAAAAAAUACAAUGCUGGUAGGAUGAGUUAUGCAAUUUUAUAUGUUCUAAUACAUUGUGUUUUUUGUUUAUUUAAUUAUGCAUGUACACCUGUUGAUGUUGAGUCUUAAUGUUAAAGCUGCAUUAUGAUGCACAAAUAAUGGAAGGCAUUCUAUAAAUGAUAUAUGAAUAUAGAAGGAAUUUUGUGUACUUUGUAAACCAAUAAAUCUGAGUUUCAUCCUGUUUUCAGGAUGCUGAAA